AUGUCCAUUAAUGUUGCGUUGAUUGGCUCAGGUAUCUGGGCCAGGGAAGAGCAUCUGCCAGCUAUAAAUGCUGCAGAACAUCUCACCUUAAGAGCUAUUUUUUCGCGUUCCUCAAAAGCUGCUACUGCAUUUGCAAAUGAUCUGCCAGGAUGUAAUGUCUACUCCGAAGAUGGUGAACUCGGCUAUAAAGAUCUUAUUGCACGGAAGGACAUCCAUGCUGUGAUAAUUGCAUUGCCUAUCAAAAAUCAGAAGGAAUAUAUACGGGAUGCUUUAUUAGCUGGAAAGCAUGUCCUCUCUGAGAAGCCCGUCCUCGAAAACGUAAAAGAGGCCGUGGAGAUGAUCAAGUGGUACCGUGCCGAGAUCCACGAUGCUACUUGGAGCAUCGCAGAGAAUUGGCGCUUUCUGAAGAGUUUCGACCAUGCUCGCGAAAUGAUCGCAAAUCUCGGAAAGAUCAUUGGCUUCCAAGUCCGGAUGUUUGACUGCGUCCAAGAGGAUUGGAAUUUCUUCCGUAGUGUGAAACCAGAGACCGAUUGGCGUAAAACACCUACGCAUCAAGGCGGCUUCCUUCUCGAUGGUGGCGUGCACUUUGUGGCAGGUAUUCGGCGACUGCUCGGAGCACAGUCUGGCAACGAAAUCAAACAGUUGUCUGCUAAUACAAGCCUGCUAAAACCCUUCUUACCUCCUGUAGACACCAUCAAUGCUUCUUUGAAGACGGUAUCGGGAAUCUCAGGCGUAGUGCAAUUAUCUUUCGGCACCACGCUUCGGGGCAAUGAAUGGACAGUCGCAUGCGAAGGGGGAGUGGUGACUGUGAAUGAUUCGGAGAUCACAAAGACUGUGAAUGGCAAGGCAGAGAAUGUCUCUAUACCAAAUGAGAGAACGGGAGUACCCCCAGUAGUUCGAGCCUGGAGCGAUGCCCUGGCAAACGGAAAAGUGCGGCCAGAGCUGGAGCCUGAACCAGCUCUUGCUGAUCUAGAGCUGUAG